UCAGCGUUUUCGCAAAUACCACCAUCAUCAUAAUCAGCAGCAGCAGUCGAACAGCUUUGCUCUCUUUGCACAGCAAUCGCACCAGAGCACGGAGCGAUCAAACGAAGAAAGGAGUACGAGACCGUGUACGGAGUGAGCUCUACGAGCGCUACGAGGAGCACACGAAGAAAGGCUAGCGAAAAAAGCAAUCGAGGAAGGAAGGAAAAAAGUGAACGCGUGCGUGUGUGCUUUUGCAAAUUCAAUAUAUUUCGAGUGAGCAGCAGCAGCAGCAGCCUAAAAGUGCAACUUUUUCCACAGGGGGAAUACGGUGGCCACGUCGUCCAAGUUGGCUGCAAAAUCGGACAAGAAAAACGGUUCGGUUUUGAUCGUCGUCGUCGCAAUCGUUCUCUACCUACCCUUGGUUCCCGUUUCCCCUUUUCAUCCAGUGCACACACAUACACACACACACACACCCGUGUACCUUUGCUCCCUCCCUUCCCUUCAGCAAAUCCCGACCACCAUUCUCGUCCUGCUCUUGCCAGAAGCAGCAAAAACGACAGCAAUAUUGGUGUUGGUAUUGUAGUCAGCGGCCAUCAAUCGAGCGAGCAAUAAUAUUCAGCAGCAGCAGCAAGUGUAUUGAUCAGAGACGAGCGGCGCUCUGCGCUCUGAAGAUCCUCUGAACCCUAGCAGGCUCCGCCGCGGAAGCGCAGGGAUUGUGUGUCCCUUGUCGAGAGAGAAAAAAUAAAUAAAUAAAUAAACGAGCAACCCGAAGAAAAAAGUGCAUCCUACAAUCUGUCAAAAUGAAUGAGUUUAUCGUGGGAAGCAAGUAUCGGAUCAUACGAAAGAUCGGUUCCGGCUCGUUCGGCGACAUUUAUCUCGGAAUCAACAUUACAAAUGGCGAAGAGGUCGCCCUCAAGAUGGAAAGCCUGACGGCUCGCCACCCGCAGCUGAUGUACGAGUACAAGCUGUACAAGGUGCUGAUCGGGGGCGUCGGAAUUCCACACAUCCGCUACUUCGGCCAGGAGCGGAACUACAAUGUGCUGGUGAUGGACCUGCUGGGGCCCUCGCUGGAGGAUUUGUUCAACUUCUGCAGUCGCCACUUCACCAUCAAAACGGUCCUGAUGCUGGUGGAUCAAAUGAUCGGCCGUCUCGAGUACCUGCACAUGAAGAACUUCAUCCACCGGGACAUCAAACCGGACAACUUCCUGAUGGGAAUCGGCCGGCACUGCAACAAACUGUUCAUGAUCGACUUUGGGCUGGCGAAAAAGUACCGCGACUUCCGGACCCGCAUUCACAUCAUCUACCGGGAGGACAAGAACCUCACCGGGACGGCCCGCUACGCCUCGAUCAAUGCCCACCUCGGAAUCGAACAGAGCCGCCGGGAUGACAUGGAAUCGCUCGGGUACGUGAUGAUGUACUUCAACCGGGGUUCGCUGCCCUGGCAGGGACUGAAAGCCACCAACAAGAAGCAGAAGUACGAGAAGAUCUCCGAGAAGAAGAUGUCCACCCCGAUCGAGCUGCUGUGUAAAGGGUUCCCGGCGGAGUUCGCGAUGUACCUCAACUACUGUCGCAGUUUGCGAUUCGACGAGGGACCGGAUUACAUGUAUCUGAGACAAUUGUUUAGAAUCCUAUUCCGCACGCUGAAUCAUCAGUACGAUUACACCUUUGACUGGACGAUGCUGAAACAGCGAGGGCUACUGAAGGGCGGCCCCAACGCGCUUCCGCAUGCCACCGGCGAGGGUAACCGCGAGGAGCGACGUGAUAAGGAUAAGCAACCUACUGAAACUGAGAAAUAGAAAUUUUAAAAUUCUUUUUUUUUAUGUAUAAAAUAUAUAAUAUUACUAAAUGAGAGUAAACUUAAAACAAAAAAGAGAGAAAAAUAGAGAGAGGGGCGAGAAAAACAGCCGUGUGCGAAAGAUAGUAAGAGAGAAACAGGAAGUCAGUGUGGGAACAAGAGAGAGAAAAGAGAAACAGAAUAUGAGGGAAACGGAAGGCGAAUAGAUUCGUCGCAGACAAAAAUAUAAACCACACACACACAGACAUGAGUAAGGAAAACCAAGCCAGGAAUACAAACAAACAAACAAAGGGAAGGAGAGAAUAAAUGAAUUUUUGAGGAAAGCGUUCAGAGCAGAACAAACUUUUGUUGGAUAAAAGAAAAGGGCAAACUGCAGUUUGAGCGAAGCUAAACAAAAGAAGCAGAAGAGCGAUAUCUGAAAACAAUAAAACGGUUAGCAAACUCUAACUUUAAUCUAAACGGAAAGUAUGUAAAAUUUAAUAUAAUUAUUAGUAAUUUAAACAUUGAUUGAGCGCGCGGAGCGGAGGGGAAGCGAUGGUGGUGAAAUGCGGCCGUAUAUUCCCCUGUCCGCGAUGAUUACGGCGGGCUGCGAAUGUGUGCGCGGGGAUGGGAGAAAAACAACAAAAGAACUGCACUUCCCGUCUAUUGUUCUUGCAUUCGUCGCUCGCUUCCGUUUCAUCAGAACGAAUUCACUCAUACAUAUAUUCAGUCAUUCAGUCACUACACUUCCCUGUUCACAACACCAAUACCAGCAUCAAUACCAGCUAUCAUACCGCGCAUCAUUUCUCCCAUUUUUUGAUGAAUACUGCUAGAGCAAAACAAUUAAGAAGAAUGAAGCUAGUACUACAACUAUUGAAAGAUAACAAGAAACAAAUAAAAAACAACAAACAACAAAAUAAUGCAGCAUACUUACUACUGCAUGUAAAAUUAUCGCAAAACAAGUUUGUCUAAUGUUUAAUUUUCUGUCUGUAGUUUUUAGUUAAACAAACAUACAUGUUGUUUACUCAUCUGUUUUCAGCUAAGUAAACUUUUUAGGAGAUAAAAAGUACACUAAACUAUUAGUGAACAGAGAAACAGAAAGAGAGAGAGAAAGAAGGAAACCCAAUAAUGAUAAAACGGUAAAUUAACACAGCCAACAAAAAAAGAGGAAAGAAACGGUACGAAACAAAACAAAUAAUAGAUGAAAAACCAAGUAUUUAGAAAACACUUUGUCCCUCAAUCGUUUCACUCGAGAAGCCCGAUAAAUUUUGUCAAUAAAAACGGAAUCGAACUCGAAGGCCAAUCACACCAACACACACUCUUAGUUUGCUGAGAACACACCUCCCCAUAGGGUCCCUUCGAGGGGUCCAUCCCCAUAUCUUGUUGGUUUCUGAAUCGAUUGCAAUCCGGAAAUCUGGGCAGCUUUUCAAAGUAUUGAAAGAUCAAUUUUGUCGAUCACACUUCCCUGAGUGGGCCAUUGUUGCAAUUGCAAACGGCUCACUUUUUUUCUUCGUUCAGAGGGGCUCUCACAAACACCAUGCUUCGUGUUUGCUUGUUGUUUUUCUUGUCACACAGCUGUGCGCGCACUGCGCUCAAGUGUUCAUUAUUAUUAUUAUCAUUAUUGCAUACAGUAAAACUAGAAGAAAGAAAGAAAAAAAAUCACUUCCUGUUAUCGUGAAUCGAUAAUAGAAAUAGAACUGUUUCUAAUCGAUGCAUGGAGAGAGCGAUAGCGAGCGAAGUGACGGCGGCGGCAGCAGCAGCUCCAAUGAUAACAUUGAACUCGUGAACGUUUAGAGUAACAAACAUAAAAGGAAAAAAGAAAAAUGAUAGGGGAGAGAAAACACAUGAAGAAUUAAUUAUAAAUUAAUCGAAUGUAUUAUCAAACAGAACAAAUUAUAUGUAAAUAUACUAAACAGAAACAGAAAAAACCAACAACACAACAAAGCGCAUAGUGCGGAAGAAUGAUUGUCAAGUAAAACAAACAAACAAAACUGGCAACACUUUCUUCCCCGGCGAAAUCGCUCUCGGCAGGGUUUGGAUUAACAAACAGAAAUCUUCCCUGAACCCGGCAACAAAGUUACAACAAAGAUUAAACAAAAGAGAGAGAGCAACUUUUUUAUUAUAUUGUGGAGCGAAAGAAGAAACACAAACAACAAAAGAAAAAAUGAUUAUGACUAUAAGAAGAACAAAAAAAAAGUCGCAUCGACCCCCAAAACCACUCUCUUCAGGGCUCCAAUUGACUCUCUCCGUUUGGGAGAGCGGGGAGCCGACUGUUGAUUGGUUCCUCCAGGGAGGUGGACAAACGAAGGAUGGCGAAAGGGAUGUGCGCAGAGUUAUGAGUUAAAACACAAACAAAGUAAUGUUGAAACAAACAACAAACCUAGAUUCGAUUUGGUGACUUAUCGGACAAAAUAUCUCCAAAGUAAGAAACAAAACAAAAAUCGAAAAAAACCACAACAAACACACAAUUGAAUUAAAAACCAAUAAUAAUAAAGCAAAGCCGGAAGUUGGGCGCCGAAAAUAUAAAUCAGCCGAAGUGUAGUAGGAAGGAUCUAUUAUUAGUGAAUAAUUUUUUUUUCUUGGAAGAAGUAGAAAUGAUAGGAAGACGCGAGAGCAGUUAUGAGAAAUAAAGAAAACUAAACAAAUACUGAUCGUA